AUGCGAGCGCUAAGCGUCGCCUUGGGCCUCUUCGUGACGGCGCUGGGCCAGCUCGAGUCCCUGUCGCUGGCUGAAGACGUCAAGUGGCUCACAUCAUUCGAGCGCGUGGCGUGGAGCGCCGUCCAGCCUCCGUCUGUGUGUGCGCUGGACGCGUUCCACUUCGGCGUCCAAUUCGCUGCCUCUAAGAGCGUUCGAUACAAAGAUCAAGACACUUUUAGGUGGCAAUUAGUCGCCAAGAAGGUGGAGGGCUGGGAGAAUGGGGCUGUUGUCGCCUCCGGACCGCUAAAAGUGGCCUUAUUGGACCCCCAAGACCAAAAAGAGGAGGAAAUAGGGCAAGAAUUGGAAGAGGAUGGGAUCAAAUGCGAGUUCGACCCGCAAUUCUGCACCCCAAAGCUCGUGAACGUUCGACUGCCGCACAUUAACCAGGAGAACGAAGAUGGAACCUCUCUACGGGAAGGUCACACCAUGGAGCUGGAGUUCCAGCAGCCUACGAACCGACCGGAUGCGAGUUCCAAGCAGCAGAUUGAGCAGUUCGUGGUUUUCACGGAAUAUAUUGGAGAUGAACUGGUGGGGACCUGGUCGGACGAUGGACGGGUGCUGGUGAUUCAGAUUGUGAAAAUUGAUGAAGAGAAGGGCUGUUUCUGA